UGUAAGCUGAAGGGUAGAAGGCGCGUUCGAGGAUCCCAGAUCCUCCCUAAGCAACUAGCGGCUUCUUGCCUGGGCCUGGUGUUCUUCCCUUUCUUUCUUGCCACCCUUGGGCUGUCCCGCAAGAUCCAGGCUUCGGCAGGAGGGACCUGAACCGCGGCGCUAGGAUGGGAAACAGUGCCCUCCGCGCUCAUGUGGAAACCGCGCAGAAAACUGGUGUUUUUCAGCUUAAGGACCGUGGGCUGACCGAGUUCCCCUCAGAGUUGCAGAAGCUGACAAGCAAUCUCAGGACCAUCGACUUGUCCAACAACAAGAUCGAGAGUCUCCCGCCUAUGAUUAUAGGGAAGUUCACUCUGCUGAAGAGCCUCUCCUUGAACAACAACAAACUGACUGUUCUUCCUGAUGAGUUAUGCAAUCUGAAAAAACUAGAGACACUAAGCCUAAACAACAAUCAUUUGAGAGAGCUGCCAUCUACCUUUGGGCAACUGUCCGCCCUUAAGACCCUGAGCCUCUCUGGGAACCAGCUUCGAGCACUACCACCACCACUUUGUAGUCUGCGGCACCUGGAUGUACUGGAUCUCUCCAAGAACCAGAUUCGGAGCAUCCCUGACGCAGUGGGGGGGCUUCAGGUCAUUGAACUCAACCUCAACCAGAACCAGAUAUCUCAGAUCUCAGUGAAGAUAUCUUGCUGUCCUCGCCUUAAAGUUCUUCGUCUGGAGGAGAACUGUCUUGAGCUUAGUAUGCUUCCACAGAGCAUCCUCAGUGACUCCCAGAUCUGUCUGCUUGCUGUGGAAGGCAACCUUUUUGAAAUAAAGAAACUUCGAGAACUGGAAGGCUAUGAUAAGGUUUGUAUUAGUAUACUUCUGCAUUUCCAAUCACUGCAAAGAAAAGAAAGGUGAAGUAACCCACGUGAAUGUUUAUAGCUACAGGAUAUAUGUAUAAUCCUGUUUAUAUCAGUAUUUUAUAUAUAGUUUAUAUCAGUAUUUGUUCCCCAUUUUGGAGGUGGGUUCUGAGAAUCAGCCAAAUGGUAUUAUGCCAAGAUGAUUUUUUCUCUAGACAGCUUAUUUGUAAAGCAUCUUUAUCUUUUGAAAGGGAAAAAAACCGACAAAACCAUGUGCUUUAAAUUUGAGUUUAGAAUAGGUGGAUUUUGUAGGAAAUGAAGGACCAUAUCCAAUAAAAACCUAAAGGAAAAAAAAUCAUAUAAGACCCUGAAUAACCAAUAGGUUUAUUAUUUACUCAUGACAAAGUAACACAUACAUUCUUUCAUGAUUUUUAGUACAUGGAGAGGUUCACAGCCACCAAGAAGAAGUUUGCAUGAUGCUCUCCAGGAGUGUGGGAACCUUAUAGGACCCUGACUUGGAACCUGUCACAAUCUGGCUGAAUCAAAGACUCCUGUUGUCAAGGAUAUCUGCAGUAAGGAGACGAUACUCCAGGAGAUUGUAUUUCACUCAGUGAUCUCUUUCCUUUCCAGGGCUCAUCUCAAAUAAGCUAAAAGGAAUCGAGAGACAGGAGGUCUUCCAUUUUGAGUCAUGGAUAGGGCAAAGGACAAUGCUGAUCUUCAAAACCAUCAUUAGUUUGGCUUUAAGGAACCCAGUAGCUAGCUGCUGUUUAUACAGGGAGGGGAUGCUGCCUGGUACCAGAAUAGCUCCACUACAGCCUGAAAUUUCGUGUUUCAAUGUAUAAGCUUUCAUAAAGUCAGUUGCCGUUCCACCUCUGUGUUAACAAACAUUUCAUAUUUUUAUGAAAUUCAAGAAAUUCAUGAGAGGCUUCUAUGGUUAAUCUAAAGGUUUAUGAUUUUAUUCCAGUCUGUCAGUUCAAUUGCAAUGUUUAUACUUGGAAUUUAGGAUGUACAUAAAUAUAUGACUGUCUUGAUUAAAAGUGUACUUUGUCAGAGAAGCAACAACACAAUACUAAGAUGUUCCCCCAAGGCUGCAGUAGCAAAUUUUUAUUUUUACUAUUGCAGGUGCCUUACUGAUAGAGGGCUCUGAAGAGCUAAAACUGUAUAUGCAAAACUUGUGAGAUACAAGGGUUUUAAUAAUCAAGAUUUUCCUGAAACUUUGUUAGAAACAAUGUCUUUAUUUCUGGUGAUCCAUUUCCCUUUUUGUAUUUAAAACUCUAAUAAUUAAGUUACCUAUAAAAAAACUACUGCUACAAUAUUUUAUAACUACCUAUGUUUAUCAAAUUUAUUCUCUGAACGAGAGGAUAUACUAAAUAAAGAUUUUUAAAUGAA